UCUUCCGAAGGGUUGAUCAGACGCUUCCAUUUUAAGUUGAGAUUCUUCUGAGGAGAUUUCGACAAGAAACAGUAUCACGCAGUAUGACUGAGAGUUCGUCGAGAUCAUCAGACGAAAACGAAGGCUACGAAAGUGAGGAGUUUGCUGAGGUAGAGACCCAGUUUGAGCCCUACACGGAUGAACCUCUCGCACCUCCGGGCUACAGGGAAGAAAUUGAUGAGGAAUCGAACGACCCCGAUGGCCUGAGGCCCCAGAUCCUGGCCGACAGAGAGGAUGAGAUAAUACCUGUCCAGGAAUGGUGCCAGUGUCAACAUUGUGCAAAGAAUGAGCUAAACGGCGCUCUUGAGCAUCGAUGUUGUAGAGAAAUUGAGAAUGUUCAAGGCAAACUAACAUUCGACGGUUCGAUUGAGAACUUAUCAUGCAUCACACUGCACGAGGACUACAGAGCAAUGACUAACAAGGCCGUCCUUCAAAACGUGGCGCCAUUGCUGAAGGCAAGGACAGGGCAAGCAUACAGGCGGCGUACAGGAGUAUCGGAGAACGAAUUUUUGAGGUUAGUUGCCUAUCGCUGGAUAAUUCGGUGGAUAUGUGGCUAUAUGGGAUGGGAAAACACUCGCCCAUUGUCUGCGUGCAUUUAUAAUGACAUACGGACAAGAUAUCAGACACGGCACCUACGGCCAAGGGGAUAUCAGGAGGCCAGGAGCUAAUGAGGCAUUGAUGUAUGGCUACAUUCCGAGUAUGGCUCAACCAAUGAGUACUGGAUAUAUAUAUCUUUUCAUAAUUUUAUUUUGUAUAGUUUGAUUUGUAUAGUUCUUCAAAUAUAUGUACAUAUUUGAUAGAUAAAAAUAGCAAAAAACACCCUGAAAAAGAACCCUGAUGAAUUUAUUUUUAAAUAAAUUAUAUUUUGUAUUUAUUUUAUCAAAUGGGCAAAAUAUUAAAUAACGUAUUUAUAGAUGUUUUCUUGUUACUAUUUAUUGAAAGUGAGUAAUAUUGAUCCAAUUUUGCAGUCAACUCAGUCAAUGGAAAAAAAUCUACAUUGAUGUUUAAUAAAAAUAAUCAGCAAAACAAUAUCUGUGAAUUCCAUCUACAAAUGUAAAAUAGAGAGUGGUAUCAAUUAACACUAACUGUUUCACAAAUUGAAAUCACUCUAAUUUAAUCCAACUCCCACUAACUUAAUCUAACUGGUGGCUCUAUCAGGACAUGUUUUCUUACUGUGGCCUUACAUUGGUGCAUUGCAUUUUUUACAACAAGGUUCUCUCUUUCUUGCUUUUGGGGCAGCUGUGGCUUGUUCCUGUGCAGCAGCUCUCAUGUCCUCUUGGACAUCAACUACAAAAUCAUGUAUAAAAAGAGAACUAUUAAGUCUAGUUCUGUGCUACAUAGAAAGGGUGGAUUAUUUUUUUUAUCUGGCUGGCUAUAAAACAAAUAGACAAUUUUCAACAAAAUCAACCUGUAAUAUUUAUUUAAAAAACAACAACAACAAUAGAAAUAGCUGCAAGAGAAAAAAAGGAUCUAAAUUGAACAGUCCAGACAAGUAUGUUGUACUAUAGGCAUCAAUCUGAGUAGUAAGUCUUUGCAAAUGCUUUCACAGUGCAUUUUGUUUGUGGUUCUUUUUUAGUUAUUUUUUCACUGCUGUUGAAGGUGUGGAUAUCCACCAAAUGCAAUGUUUGACAAACAUGUUUAAAUGUUUAGCCAGGCCUUAAGCCAUUGCCACACAUACCUGAUGGAUAAAGGGGGGUGGUGCUAUGCCUUUUCAUCUUCUCAUAAACCUGGAUGGCUUCACUUCUGGACACUCUAUUUGGAAAUUGUUGGCUAAGGGGCUCUGGCACCUUUUUUUGGUAUCUCUCACGAAUAGCUGUCAACUCCUCCAGUGGUACAGUGAAGAGUACCUUGCUGAUAUCAUCUACAUAGUCUGCAAACAAUAAGAUAAAUAAUUAUGACAGGCAUAGAUUGUACAAUAAAACAUUAGCUUUGUGAGCAAAGUUUCCAUUCAAAACAAUUGUCUCUCACCCUAAGGUUGAGGGGUUAGGACAUUCCCUAGAUAAAUUUAAAUAUCCCACCUACUUCUAGAAUAAAAUGCGUUUGCGACAAUACCCAAUCAGAGACCAAGUUAAAUAACAAUACCCUCUCUGGAAUUAUUAGUUGGAACAUAGCCCUUUAGGAAGCCUGAAAUAGUUGUCUUUUGUAAGUCUUCGGUAAUAAGACACCAAAGACAACUAUUACAGGCCUCCUCAAGGGCUAUGUUCCAAUUAAUAAUUCCAGAUGAGAGGGAUGUCUUUGGUGUCUAUUUUAUGGGAAAACAUCUCUGUUACUCAACUCUUCUGUUUCAUAGGGUUAAAAGAAAUCACCAUAGCAACAAAAUAGUCUGAUAAAA